GACCUCAGAGAGGAUAGCCGAUGUUCCAGCAAUCCUACACACGCAAGUCUAAGAACAUUACUGCUAGACCAACCUGCUUGGUAUCUGUGCAGUUGUUCAACUUUGUCAGCAUCAGAUUUAUGUCUGCAAGAAAUUAACUUUAAAAUUAUAUGAUGGGGAAUGUGUGUACUUGUGUACUCCAAAUUAGAGUACACUUUUCUAUCGUAUUUAUGUUUCUGCACAUGCAAUCAGUAGAGAGCAUUUUUGUUGCUUGCUUGAUGUAAUUUACUGUAAUUUUAUAAUGAUAAUUAAUUUUAUGACGUGCACUGCCGUUCCUCAUGAGCUGCCUCUGGCAAAAUCAUAUUGCUGUUAUGUGUAGAAUGUAAGUUGUGCCCCAGAAGAUAAUUAGAGAUAAUGUUUGUAGAACCAGGUGGUGACUCCUGCACUAAGUGUGUAUGGAGAUGAUUUGCUGGAAGAUGGCAGCGGUGGAGGGGAUGGCAGCCAGCUGGACCUGGAGAUGGAGCAGCAGUUACUGGAGCAGAGACUGCGACAGCAACAGCGGGAAUCUGAGGAAGAUGGCCGGUGGUUGGCUGAGGAAGAAACGAAUUUGAAGAAGCGAUUGUCCAUUGCAACGAGUCUCUCGGACCGAUCUGACACAGAUUCUGUCGAUGGCUCUCCACUACAUCACGGUGGCAGUGCUGCAACCCCUCCCUUACCUUCCUCUGCCACUCCUCCUUCGACCAUCUGCCGCACCAGUUCACAGCACGACUCUUCUGAACGGGACCGUUCGUCAACACCUCUGAGCAAUGGUUCAGCUGAGGACAGGGUCAUUGUUGUCAAG